AUGCGAACCCAGUUCUGCUCUGGAAGAUGGGCCCCUAUGGGCCAGAUCCUCCUCCCCUCCUCGCCUGAGCUCCCCCGUCUAUCUCUACCCGUCUAUCUCUACCGCUCUCCACCCUGUUUGUGGCCCUGGUCGCCCCAGGGCUACAGCUCACAUUCAACCCCUGGAAAUUCACAAAUUGUGGAGGGAGAGGUUUCCAGUAAAGAGUUUCAAGAUGGCUUUGCAGACGCCGCCGCCUUGAUCCUUUUCCCAUCAGCCAUGGUCAAACCCCCCCCCCCGUGUUCUUCUGACGGCGAACCCUUGGGCCACAUCUCCUUCGAGCUGUUUGCAGACAAAGUUCCAAAGACAGCAGAAAACUUUCGUGCUCUGAACACUGGAGAGAAAGGAUUCGGUUAUAAGGGUUCCUGCUUUCACAGAAUUAUUCCAGGGUUUAUGUGCCAGGGUGGUGACUUUACACGCCAUAAUGGCACUGGCGGCAAGUCCAUCUAUGGGGAGAAAUUUGAUGAUGAGAACUUCAUCUUGAAGCAUACAGGUCCCAGCGUCUUGUCCAUGGCAAAUGCUGGACCCAGCACAAACGGUUCCCAGUUUUUCAUCUGCACUACUAAGACUGAAUGGUUGGAUGGCAAGCAUGUGGUUUUUGGCAAGGUGAAAGAGGGCAUGAAUGUUGUACAAGCCAUGGAGGGCUUUGGGUCCAAGAAUGGCAAGACCAGCAAGAAGAUCACCAUGGCUGACUGUGGACAACUCUAAUAAAUUUGACUUGUUUUAUCUUAAACUACCAGAUCAUUCCUUCUGUAGCUCAGGAGA